CAAAAUGAGAUUCUCCGAGUGUGAACAGAUGUGAAGUUCUCACUCCUUGUUCUUUUCAGAGCUUCAGCACAUAAAUGGAAGAAUUACUGAGUACCUGCAGGAAAUCCAGGACUAUAAGCUAAAGUGGAUCCCUGGGAUUUGCAGGCGUUAGGGACCAGAACAGCCAACAAAUAUGAAAUCUCUAAAUACUUGACGCCCCCUAUAAAACAUUUUUAAAAGAGCCAUAUAAGUGUAUCUUAAAUAAAGGGUUAUAAGAAUUUCGUUAAGAUUGGUUCAUCAGAAGAAACACGUCACUGAUAUAGAUUAGACGAUUUACGUCAGCGUCAUUAUUUCUUAGUUCCUCUUUGCUUCAGCAGCCUCAGUAAGUCAGAGUUCGACCUUAUCAGCAAGUCUCAGCAUGGAGCCUUCUAACUUGUCUUCUUCAGGACCUCUGCCUCCUCCCUCCUUGCAGUCCAAAGGUGUUGUCCCAGUGGUGGUGAUGUCCUUCUGUUGCAUUGUGGGAGUUUCUGGAAACAUCGCAGUGAUUCUUCUCAAGCCUAACUGGCACCAUCUUUCCAGUCUGAGCCGGACUUUGAUGCUAAACCUGGCUGUGUCUGACCUGCUGUGCCUGCUGACCCUUUCUCCAUGGAUUUACCCGCUGCUGUAUGGCUGGAACUUUGGUCUGGCGGCCUGUAAGAUCCUAACCUACCUUGUGUACUGCAGCAUUUAUGGCAGCAAGCUCACUGUGACUGUGUUAAGCGUCCAGCGCUACCUGACAGUGGUGCAUCAGAGAAGAUUUCCACAGGUGAAGAAGAGAGCAAUGCUGGCUCUACUCUGGAUGGCUGCGGUCAUCCUGGCCGUCCCUGCUCUGGUGGUUCGACAGCUGCCAACAAAUCAGCAGCCGAUAGUUUGUCAAUCUAAGUAUACUUCAACCACUCAGGGUGUGGUUGUACUGUUGGCUGAGACUGUGUUUGAUUUCUGCUCCUUUGCUCUCGUAGUUUUUUCGUACGUUCGCCUUCACAGGACGGUGAACCAGGCUGCCUUUUUCAACAAUCCACAGACGACUCGGCUGAUAACCAGCAUCAUUGUGAGCUAUUUUGUCGUCUGGACUCCAUAUCAUGUCAUACAUAUCCUGGGUGUGGCUGCUAUGUGUUUGAACAAUAAAAUACUUUUGAAGUUUUGCAAGGACACAUGGGACAUUGCUAAGGCACUUACAUUUGUAAACAGCUGCCUGAAUCCUCUUCUGUAUGCCUUCACAUCUAACAAAAUGUGCGUAGUUUGCCAAAAAAAAAGGAAGAGGUGCAAAGCCAGAGCCUCCAAACCACCCAGUCGCCAGACAUAGGUAGAGUUUGAAAACAGUAAGACAUUUAGAAACAUCGUCAUCACGUACCAUCAUCAGGGAUUGCUGCAAAGUCAAAGAAAACAUUGUAAGUUAUUUUCUAUUGUCUCUACGUGCUCCAUCAAGAGCAGUGAAAGCUGCGAGACAAACUUUACGUGACUGUAUUAUCUGAUAUCUAGGAUCAACUGGGAUGUAUAAAUGACUGGGAUUAAUUGACUUUAUUUGUAAGCACCAAACAGAAUCUGGAGCUGCAGAAAAGACAUUCUGUACUUUUCUGUAGCUCCAAAUGGUGUAUAAACUCAUCUAACAAUCUAAUCAUUUGUUUUUGUGUAGAAUAUUGAGGUAUUUCCAGAAAGUUAAUCUCUUGCAUUGUGUAUUUUUUUAGUAAGUUUUUUUCUGUGUGGGCUUUUGUACUAAGGAGCUUAAAUAUACAACAAAUAUAUAUUGUGAAAAUGCUGUAAUAUUCUAUUAAAAAGUACAUAGGUUCCAAUGAGGCUGCUUCUUGAGAUCAAAAGUACUUUUUCAAAAAAGUAACAACUUUGAAGCAGAACAUUAAACAGACUUUUUUUAUUAAGUCAACAUCAGUAUAAAAAUGCGUUUUUUGUUAUUGAUAUGAUGUAAUAUUCUAAUCUUAAAUGUUAGAUGUAAGCCGAAAAAUACCUUAAGACAAAUAAACACUUAAACAUCAGUCUCUGCGUAGUUAUUGUAUUCAAUCUGUUUCCCUUUGUGAAUCUACUUACUGAAAAAAAAUAACUUUUCAGGCAUAGUGGAGCUUUUUUAUCAUAAUCCAGCUGGUUUUGGUCCUCAUAGGUAAAAGAUAAUCAAUUGUGUAUGUAGCCUGUGGAUUUUCUCUUCAGGGUUUAGCAUUUCGGAGGAUAUUUUGUA